UUCUUACUUGCCGUCUGUUGCCUUGGAGACUGUAGCUCGGCAGAAGCUUCUCAAAUUAGAAAAUCUCCUACUUAGCCAGUAACCACUCCUGUUUUAUCAUCGAUGAUAAUAACAAAACGAAAUGCUCGUCUGACCACUUUUCAAACAUGGCAUCCGUUUUAGAUGCUCUUUGGGAGGACAGAGAUGUUCGUUUCGACAUAACCGCACAGCAGAUGAAAACUCGGCCUGGUGAAGUGCUGAUAGACUGCUUGGACUCCAUCGAAGACACGAAAGGAAAUAACGGAGAUCGAGGACGACUCUUGGUGACAAACCUGAGAAUUAUUUGGCAUUCUUCGGCUUUGCCCAGAGUGAAUUUGUCUGUGGGAUACAACUCCAUCAUUAACAUCACAACAAGAACAGCAAACUCUAAACUUCGAGGCCAAACCGAGGCCCUCUACAUCCUGACCAAGUCUAACAACACAAGAUUUGAGUUCAUCUUCACCAACCUGGUUCCAGGAAGUCCCCGCCUGUUUACAUCCGUCAUUGCUGUGCACAGGGCCUAUGAGACGUCUAAAAUGUACCGAGACCUGAAACUGCGAGCGGCGCUUAUUCAAAAUAAGAACCUGCGACUUUUACCUCGGGAGCAAGUCUAUGACAAAAUCAAUGGCGUCUGGAAUUUAUCCAGUGAUCAGGGGAACCUGGGAACCUUCUUUGUCACCAAUGUGCGGAUUGUAUGGCACGCCAAUAUGAAUGAGAGCUUCAAUGUCAGCAUCCCUUACCUCCAGAUUUGGUCUAUCAGAAUAAGAGAUUCCAAGUUUGGCUUGGCUUUGGUGAUCGAGAGUUCCCGCCAGAGUGGCGGCUACGUGCUGGGGUUCAAGAUUGACCCUGUGGAUAAGCUUCAAGAUGCGCUGAAAGAAAUCAACUCGCUGCAUAAGGUUUACUCGGCCAACCCCAUCUUUGGGGUGGACUACGAAAUGGAAGAAAAGCCGCUGCCACUGGAAGAAGUGACGCAGGAGCAGCCUCCCGAUGACGUGGAAAUCGAGCCAGAUGACCAGACGGAUGCUUUCACCGCAUACUUCGCCGAUUGCAACAAGCAACAAGACCGCGAGCCCGUUUUUUCGGAGGAGCUUGGCCUGGCCAUUGAGAAACUGAGGGAUGGAUUUACGCUUCAAGGACUGUGGGAAGUCAUGAGCUGAAAUAUUCCAUUACUUAUCAUGUCGAUGUACAUAUUGGGAUGAGAGAAAGCAGAUUUGAUAGUUCUUACCGGUAAUUUAUACAAAAGAUAUUUAUUGUGCACAUACUGUAGGUCUGUAUUAUGUGCAUAUUUUUUUUUUGUUUAAAAGCAUAUAAAAAUCCUAUACGGUCCGUCUAUCUAUACUACACAUAGUUUUGUACCUAAUGGACUAUUUGUAUAUAACGGGAACAGUGUCUAAACACAGCACUCAAGUAUUUAAAUAAUGUAGAAAGAGUCCAAAGUGUCAUCGCCUAUAUAGUAGCAGCAGCUGUUCACUCAGUGUGGCUACAUGCUAAUACUGGUCAGCGCAGUCAUUGAUUUACGGCUUCAUGUCGCUAGAAUUCCAAACAUGUGAGCAAUAAGUACUAAAACGAACGUGACGAAAGUAUUUUUUAGAUCCAUUGACUUUCCUGUAAACGCUACCCUACGUUUACCACAAAGUGGGGUCAGAGGUGGCAAAAGUACUUUCACUCGGUAGGCCCUAGUAAAGGAGAAGUACGGCUACUUGUGUGUAAAUAAAAUAAAAUUCUGAAUUCACUUUA